CAAUGCAACCUCUCUCCUUCUGUUUCUCUUUCUCUUUUUGUUCUUCUUCCCAUUUGCUUGCAAAACAAAACGAUCAUAAUGUCGAGCAUUGCCUUAGAGCCACUCUUCCACCUUUGCCGAAGAGAAAAUCCAAUUCAACCUUCCAAACCAAUCCCAUUCAGACCCUUCUUUCUCACUUGCUCUUCCUCUAAUCUCACUAAUGCAUCCUUCACCUUCCACCAACCCAGCAAGCCUCUCUCUCAUGCACUUCAAGCUUCCGUUACAGACACACCCAUCCUUCAUUCCCAUCAUACCUUCUUCACCAAGACUUUCCCAAUCAACACAACCCAAAUGGUGGAGGGAAAGAUUAUUGUGAGAUUAGAUCACGGAAAGGAUUUGAGGGAUUGGGAGCUUACAGUGGGUUGCAAUCUACCUGGGAAAUGGAUUCUUCACUGGGGUGUCACCUAUGUUGAUGAUGUUGGAAGGGAAUGGGAUCAACCUCCUCGUGAUAUGAUUCCUCCUGGAUCUAUUCCUAUAAAGGACUAUGCUAUAGAGACCCCUUUGAAGAAGUCAUGCUUACCUGCUGAAGAUACGAUUCAUGAAGUCAGGAUUGAUCUUAAACACAUCAAUGAAAUUUCAGCAAUUAAUUUUGUUCUCAAGGAUGAGGAAACUGGAGUUUGGUAUAAACACAAAGGAAGAGAUUUCAAGGUUUCUUUGGUCAACUGCGUUAUGGCGGAUACUAAUACAAUUGGACCUAAAGGGGGCUUAAGAUUAUGGCCAGGGAAUUUGGGGCAAAUAUCUAAAAUGUUCAUCAAGCCAAAAGCAGGUCUAGAUAACAGGAGUGAAUCCAGAGAUCCAAAACAAGAAAAUAAUAAAGUAGGUGGUUUCUAUGAAGAAGUGACUAUCACAAAGAAAGUUUUAAUCAAUAACUCUAUCAGUGUCUCCAUCAAGAAACGUUUUGAGUCAGAGGCAGUUAAGGAUCUUUUAUAUUUUGAAACUGAUCUACCUGGAGAUGUUGUCCUUCAUUGGGGAGUUUGCAGGGAUGGUUCAAGAAGGUGGGAAAUUCCACCUCCUCCUCAUCCACCAGGCACAAUGGCAUUUAAAGACAAGGCUUUGAGAACUCAAUUAAGGCCAAGAGACAGUGGAAAAGGAUCAUCAGCACUAAUCACUUUAGGAGAAGAAUUUUCAGGAUUUAGUUUUGUUCUUAAGCAAAAUGAAAAUACUUGGUUCAAGAACAUGGGAAAUGACUUUUAUAUUCCCCUCUCAAGUUCUACUAGCUUGCUUAAUUUUGGCUACAGAGAGGAUCAACUAGAAGGUGUGCAGAGGGAAGUGAUUGAAGAGGCUAGUCAAGAUACUUCUUUCUUUGCAUUUACUGAUGGGAUAUUCAAUGAAAUAAGAAAUAUGGUCACAGAAAAUUCAUCAGAGAAGAGUCAAAAGACAAAAUCUGAAAAAGCACAACAAAGCAUUUUUCAAGAAAUUGAAAGACUGGCUGCUGAAGCCUAUAAUAUAUUCAGAAGCUCCAUUCGUAUUUUCUCUGAGGCAUCAACUGUAGAAUCUGAGGUAACUCUUAAGGAAAUUGAGGCAACUAUUGUGGAACCUCAGGCAACAACAAUUGCGGUACCUGAGGCUGCUGUGGAAUCAGAGACUCAGACCUUGGAUCCAAAAAUAUGCUCAGCGACAGGCACAGGGUAUGAAAUAUUAUGUCAAGGGUUUAACUGGGAAUCUCAUAAAUCCGGAAGAUGGUACAUGGAGCUUAAAGAGAAAGCUUCAGAACUAUCAUCACUUGGUUUCACUGUGGUUUGGUUACCACCACCUACAGAGUCUGUUUCACCUGAAGGAUACAUGCCAAAGGAUUUAUAUAAUUUAAAUUCCAGAUAUGGAAGCAUUGAUGAACUGAAAGAUUUGGUGAAAAGAUUUCAUGAAGUUGGGAUCAAAGUUCUAGGAGAUGCUGUUUUAAAUCACCGCUGUGCUCAUUAUCAGAAUCAAAAUGGUAUUUGGAACAAAUUUGGAGGCAGUCUCAACUGGGAUGAUCGUGCUGUUGUUGCUGAUGAUCCACAUUUUCAGGGUAGGGGCAACAAGAGUACUGGAGAUAAUUUUCAUGCUGCUCCAAACAUUGAUCAUUCACAGGAAUUUGUGAGAAAGGAUCUCCAAGAAUGGUUAUGCUGGUUGAGGAAAGAAAUUGGGUAUGAUGGAUGGAGACUUGACUUUGUCAGAGGAUUUUGGGGUGGUUAUGUAAAGGACUACGUGGAAGCGAGUGAGCCUUACUUUGCUGUGGGAGAGUUUUGGGACUCCCUCAGUUACACAGAUGGUGAAAUGGAUCAUAAUCAAGAUGCUCAUAGGCAAAGGAUAGUUGACUGGAUCAGUGCCACCAAUGGUACUGCUGGUGCAUUUGAUGUUACAACUAAAGGGAUUCUUCACUCUGCAUUGGAAAGAUGUGAAUAUUGGCGAUUGUUAGAUCCGGCGGGAAAACCUCCUGGCAUUGUUGGGUGGUGGCCAUCUCGUGCUAUUACCUUUGUAGAGAAUCAUGACACUGGUUCCACACAGGGUCAUUGGAGAUUUCCCUGUGGAAAAGAAAUGCAAGGAUAUGCUUACAUUCUUACUCACCCAGGAACCCCAUCAGUUUUCUUGGACCACAUUUUAUCUCACCAUAAAAAUGACAUAGCAACUCUUAUGACUCUCAGGAAGAGGAACAAAAUCCACUGCAGGAGUACAGUUCAAAUUACUAAAGCAGAGAGGGAUGUUUAUGGAGCCAUCAUUGAUGAAAAAGUUGCUAUGAAGAUCGGACCUGGAUAUUUUGAACCCCCUAGUGGCUCCCGCAAAUGGUCAUUAGCUAUUGAGGGAAACGACUAUAUGAUUUGGGAAGCAUCAUAAUCAUAGCCAUAAUAUAAAUAUUACUCAUUAAUUAUCUUAUAUAUAUAUAUAUAUAUGUAUGUAUAUAUGUAUAUAGUUCCGUUGUAUUGUUCAAGAAUAGGAUGUUGUAUUGGGAUGGUGGAAUGGCAUGCUCCAAUUGAAAUGAGUUGUGCCACGUUGUUGCUUAAUGUAGGUAUAUGGCCAUAGAAGCAUCACACAACCGAGUUGAAAAAUGUGGAUGCAAAUGAGUUGUAUUAUACAUAUACUAUAUUUACGAAGUAUACGGUUUUCGG